AAUGGGAUUUUUGUCGUUAAUAUAGGAGUGCAACAAAAUAAACCAUUAAGAUUUUUACCAAAAAAAUUUGUGCUUAAGUAAUUAAGGACAACAAAGUGAUAUGAUUUUUUGCAGCAAAUUUCCAAUAAAUCAAAAUACAUAUAAAAUGAAAUCUUGUGUACGAUCAUAAAUGACGUCGUUUAGUGAACUUGAUCAAUGAUCGAGUCGAGGGAGCGAUUGAAUUGAGAGAAAUCAUUUGACUGCGUUUGUUUUGCUUGAUUUGAAUUUGGAUUAUACUUUCGAAAAUGGAGACUUCCACCGUUCUCAGAGAAUGGUUCGACCGAGUUGACUCCGACAAGUCCGGCUCCAUUACAGCUUCUCAGCUCAAGAAAGCUCUCGCCGUCGGAAACCUCGAAUUCUCUAUCUCCGUUGUUCAACAAAUGAUCAGGAUGUAUGAUUUUGACAGGAAUGGAACUAUGAGCUUUGAUGAGUUCGUUGCCCUUAACAAGUUUCUUCUCAAGGUUCAACAAGCCUUUUCAGACCUGGAAAGGGAUCGUGGUUAUCUUGUUACUGAUGAAGUGUUUGAGGCAUUGGUGAAAAUCGGAUUCUCGCUGGACUCUCCUGCUUUUUACACUGUCUGUGAGAGUUUUGAUAAAAAGAAGAAUGGAAGAUUCAGAUUAGAUGAUUUUAUAUCUCUUUGUAUAUUCUUGCAAUCAGCUCGUAAUAUGUUUGAUUCAUUUGAUACUGCUAAGCAGGGUCGGGUUACUCUUGAUCUUAACCAAUUUGUAUAUUGCACUGCGAAUUGUAGGAUAUGAAAUCAUUGCACAUUUAUUGGUGUCUUCCAUUCUCUACAGUAUCGAAGGAAAUUAUUGUAGUAUGCAUAUGUUUGCAGUUAAGUUAUUUUUAACAUUGUUUUCAAAAGACUAUAUAUUGUUUUAUGUAAUUAUUCAAUUUACAAAAAGAAAAUUAUAGUAUCCUAUUAUAUUAUAUGUUAAGACAUUCAAAAUUUAUAGAAAGACUUUCCAAGAA